AUCAAGAAGUGACUGACGCGCCGAAGACGCGUUUACAGUGAACGCGACGCGCCCAAACUCAAACACUCCCGUUACGCCCUCGUUUGUUACAUUUUCAAACUCUGAGUACUUAAUUUGGACGCUUGUUUAACACAAGUUGCCAGACGAUUAACAAUAAUACAGUUACACGAGUUACAUUAACAUAGAGUUGGUGUCGUUAAUAUAAAUAAUGACUUUAUUAUAAUCUGCGUGUUUUAGUUUGCGUUUCGUCGCGUCCUGUAGACGAGUGAGUGAGUUAGUGAGUCAGUCACUGUUAACAACCGUAAAUCAGAGUCACCGGCUAUAUAAACUCUUUCACAGAUCAGGUGCCGCUGCCCGUGUGGACGAAGAAUGCAGACGAUCAAGUGCGUAGUGGUGGGUGACGGGGCGGUAGGCAAGACAUGUCUCCUCAUUUCCUACACAACAAAUGCUUUUCCCGAGGAGUACAUCCCCACUGUGUUCGACAACUAUAGCGCUCAGAUGAGUGUCGACGGCCGCACGGUCAGCCUCAACCUUUGGGACACGGCGGGUCAAGAGGAGUACGACCGUCUGCGCACGCUCUCCUACCCACAAACUAACGUCUUCAUCAUUUGCUUUUCCAUCGGAAGCCCCUCCUCGUACGCCAACGUUCGCCACAAGUGGCACCCGGAGGUGUCCCACCACUGCCCCAACGUGCCCAUCCUCCUGGUGGGUACCAAGAGGGAUCUCCGCUCAGACACGGAAACGAUUAAGAAGCUGAAGGAGCAGGGGCUCGCGCCCACCACUCAGCAGCAGGGCAGUGGUUUGGCCAAGCAGAUCGGCGCCAUCAAGUACCUAGAAUGCUCUGCGCUCCUCCAAGAGGGCGUCCGGGAGGUGUUCAUAGAGGCCGUCCGUGCGGUUCUCUACCCUGUUACCAAAAAGAAUGCGAAGAAGUGCGUGCUCCUUUAGUCGUCUGUGCAUCGUGCCAAUGGAUAUGAACUUGACUGCAGUCAAAAACGAGCCGUGCACAUGGUUAUGGUGUUUGUAUCCAUCUCUUCUCAUUAAUGCUUUUCUCGCUCUUUAUCUGGCUGACUUGACACUGCUUCAAUUUUUCCUAUUUUUUUUUAUUUUGCUGUUAAAUUGGCUGUUUUUAUGAUGAUAAAUAGCAAUGUAUUUACCAGCACCAAUCGACGAAAGAUACAUUAGGAAAGAAAGUAACGAUUUUCGGUGUCCGUCAGGAGCACGAGUGUUGUUCCGCUUACGUGACAUCCAGCGUCCUGUGCAUUCCCAAAAAUGUGCAAUAUAAGGAAGACUGUUGAUCGACCAAGGCUCACGUUCGCAACGAGUUUGUCUCAAAUAAUGAUGACCAAUCAGACUUCAGUUUAUAGUCACUUCACGGGACAUUUCCCAGCCAAAUCUGUGAUGUGCCUUAAUUUUAAAAUGAGAUUUUUUUCUAGUUGUAUUUUAUCAAUCCGUGUUUAGUUCUUGCCAAAGCAAUAUAUGGAUGGGUGGUAAAAAUUUAGUUGGGUUGCACUGAUGAAAGGGUGAAUAUUACAUGGAAGUCUUGUUUUUACUCCAAAAUGAAUAUAUAUAGUUUUCUUAUUUUAAUUUGACUUUGGAGUAGGGUUGCAAAAGGGCAGAAAGUUUCCGGUAAAUUUCCAUGGGAAAAUUAUUUGGAAAUGUUGGGAAAUUUAUAUAAACUCUAUCAUAUACAAACAUAAAUAAACAUCUUGUUUGGCCAUAAGCAGACAUGCAUGCUAGGAAAUACAAAUUUUGAAGAAUCCACACUUACCAAGCUGUGGAUUUAUCUGAUGUAAUAUCAUUCUAACCUUAAUGAUUUCUGAACGAUUUUUGAUCAAAUAAAUGCAGGCUUGAUGAGCAUAAGAUACUUCUUUCAAAAACAUAAAAAAUUCUAAUGUGUCCAAACUUUUGGAUGUUGCAGUAAAAUUCACAGUUUAUUCCUGUUAAUUCCCAUGGAAAGUUUCCAACUUUGAAAAUUCCUGGAAUUUUGCAACCCUACUUUGGAGUGGGAAAUGAACUUUUCAUAAGAUUCAUCCGUAGUCAGGUGAUCAUCCUGAGAAUAGUGCCUUACACAAAGUUUCCUUAAGGGCUGCUGCGACGCUAAACAAGUAUUAUUAAGUACUGUUAUCAAGAUAUUAGAUUUGGCAGCAGCCCAUAUUUUCUUGUCAUGAUUUUAUUAGUCAGGUUACCCUGCAUGCCUUACUAAAGUUCACAAGCAGGUCUUUCUUAGCAGGUUGUCUUAUCUGCCACCGCAUGAAUUCAUUUUCAAAGCGUCUGUUUUAGUACACAAGCCUCAAUCGCACUGCAUUGUGUGAUGCAAAAGCAUAGCUUUUUAAGCCCAAAGGCUGAGCUGCGGGCCAUCGCCCUAAUCCACUGCAUCCGUUGUACCAACCCCAAAACACGGCCAACUGCUCCUGUAGCUCAUUAAGAAGCACACGAGAGACCGCAUACUGUGUACAUAACCAGCGGUGAUGCUGGGAGCAGCAUGUACAUCUAAAGCUUUAUUCCAGUGUGUUUCUUUGGGUUUAGGUAUUUUGUUUUUAUGAUUUGGAAAAGUAUUUGAGUCCAGUGUUGUCUAAAUUAAGAUGCCUAUUUUCCUUUUUUCUCAAACCCUAAUCGGUUUGUAUGAUCUAAACAUUGGAUGUUCAAAUCAAUAAACCACAUCUAAUGUGACAAUAUCAUCACCCCUCCAUCACAUGAUGAUGCUCUUUAAAUAUGAGAGCUUCCAGCGUGAUGAUCACAACUUUUCUCUCAUCUAGACCUAAACGAUAGUUUGUGAACUGAGGGGGUUAUUGGAUUAUGAAAUGUACUCAGCUGAACAGAAAUUCACUUUCAGAUUUUUAAGUUGUGGUUUUAGAUUUUGCUAAACUGACAUUACUCUGACCUUGUGGUAUAAAACAGACACCGUGGAAAACAGUGACACAAUUUAUACAGCCGAUGUUUUACACCUCGUACUGAUGCUUUGCCUUUUUAAAUAGUGUUUUAAGCUUGUCUGCCAAAUGUGGCCAAAGAGUGCCUCUGGAUACAAAGAUUUAUUGUGGAAUAACUGGACUCGUAUAUGUUAAUGUUUGAGUCACACCUGAUACGAAGCGCAUCUAUGUUAUUGUGGAUGAAAAUGUGUUUCGAUGAAUCAUUCCUUGUUUUGAUUUCAGUUUGCAUGAAUUCCACAAACUUGUCGCUAAGAUGAAAUAUGUGCAAACCUUGAUGUCUUCAGAAGGUGUGAUGGUGUGCAAGAGUGAAUGCACGAGUGAAUGGUGAAAAUGGUUUCUAUCUCAUCCCUUCAAUGUAAAGUGCUGUUGUAAGCAGGCAGUAUGGCCUCACGCUGCAUACUGUCUGCGUGUCUAUGGUAUGUGGUACUACAUUUAUACACUGGGAACUUGAUUUGUCUUUUUAUAACCAAAAAUAAAUUGUAUAAAUGAACUAACCAUGAAAUUAUUUAAAGUGAUACUGAAUAAAUUUUUACGUAGA